GAGGAAUUGGCAAAAGCUUGAUAUUUUUCUCCUCUUUUCUUAUUCAAGAACAAGAUUUGGGGCCUAGAACUCCCUCUAAAGCCAAGGAAUUUUCAGAUCUACAGUUGCUCCCUUCCCCUGUCCGCGAGCUGCUCUUGCCGUUCUUUGCGAAUCCUGUCCCUACCAUACCUGCCAGAUCUGGUUCUGCUUGUCAUAAAAUUUUGGUAAGAUGAUAGCUUCCGAAGCGAAGCCAAGGACGGGGAAAAACGAGAGGAGUGACGAGUUAGAAGGCUAGCCAUCUUGUAAAUUGAACAUAGAUUUAGAUAUAAAUCAUGAUCUUCCAUUCUCGAUUCUGCUCUUCUUCUUCCCGCUGCAGCCACCCGAAGAAAAAAGAAAGGGAACCCAGCCAUGCCUUGGAAAACUAAUGAGAUAAGCUUGGUUUUCUCCUUCCUUUCUUGCUCUAGAACACAUCUAGAACCCAGAAAUCUUCCCCCCCUGCUGGAAAAGCCGGAUCUGCCCUGCUCUGCUUUGUCCUUCCGUCGGCUGCUCUUGAUUGUGGGUGAUUUCUGGGGAUUUUUUUCGGUAAGAACAGCCUCUAAUUCCUUUGUUCUUGCUUGAAUUGGCUUGGGUUAACUUUGAUUGCUCUUAUUUCCUUCAAUUUUGGGUAAACCCGUGAGCUUCCCCUACACUUGCCGCCGGCUUCUCUCCCCCUACAGCUCCAGUUUCUACAGCUGGAGAAUUAUGGUUCCCGAUCGUUCUGUCAGUUAGCACUGAGAUUGAGUGCUCGGUUUUAUGCGAGUGAGAACCGGUUCGUUUGAGUGACCCUGCUAGUGGGGGUUAUACACCAGCAAAUCGUGGCCUUGCUAGUGGGGAUUAUACAUUGGCCGUGACCUAUAGAGGAGACGUCUAUUUCGUGCCCGUACUGUAUCCGUUUUUCGUGAUUGUACUUGUUGGCAUGCUUUAAGUUUGAUAAGGGGCACUCCAUAUUUACUUACUGAGUUUAUCUCAUAGUUUUUCCUUGUCCACCAUUUCAGGAUAUGAAAUCGAGGACGGGGAAACCACGGGAAGUGACGAGUUAGAAGGCUAGCCAUAUUGUAAUUGGAUAUAAAUUUUAGAAAUAAAUCAUGAUCUUGUAUUUGGAGAUUUAUGAUCGGAGAAAUCUUAUAAUUUGAUCUUCAGAUUUUGAUGGUAUUAGAGUGUGAUAUGAUAAGUUCCGAGUCUUGUGCAUUUGUGGGAUCCGUCUCAUGAGUGCACGACGUCUGUCGCACCUCGAAUUUGGGUUUUGGGGUGUGACAGCUUUGCUAUUGAACUGAAUAUGAUUCUGCAUUAACGGCAUGCUAAAAUUUUACAUAAGGGCUAUCCAUAUUUGCUUACUGAGUUAUCUCAGCGUUUUUCUUUGUCCACCAUUUCAAGAAGCGAAGUCAAGGACGGGGAAAAACGAGGGGAGUGACGAGUUAGAAGGCUAGUCAUCUUGUAAAUUGAGCAUAGAUUUUAGAUAUAAAUCAUGAUUUUGUAAGUUAGAUUUUAUUUGGAGAUUUUAUGAUAUCAAGGCAAAUUAAAAAAUUUUAUCUUCAGAUUUUGUGGUAUCAGAUUGUGGUAUGAUAAGUUUCAAGCCUUGUGCAUUUGUGGGACCCUCUCACGAGUGCACGACGUCUGCUUUGUCCUCGAAUUUGGGUUCUAGGGCGUGAUAAGGUUCUAGGGCGUGAUAGGGUUCUAGACGUUGGGUUCUAGAUGUUGGAAUCCAAGCGUGCUGGAUUUGAACCCAGUAGCCACUGGGUUCCAACUGUUGGAACCCAACUGUUCUUGGUUCGAACCCAACCCAACCCAACCCAACGUGCUGGGUUCAAAUGUAGUGGCCGCUGGCUGGAACCCAUGCGUGCUGGGUUCAAAUGCAAUGGCCGCUAGGUUCCAGCCGUCGAAACCCACGUCUCCGAAAACCCAACAUGCUUCUCUGUAAACAUUUUAUUAUUAACAUUUAUAUUUUAAAAAUAUAAAAAUUUCAUUUGU